AGAAAGUGAGAGUUGGAACAAGAACUGCUCCAUCGCUGUACUUUUCGCUGUUUUAAAACCUCUGGCUUGAAGAAAGUUUGCUCCGUUCCAGCUGCGCUGUAGGAAAACACCCACAUUAUCCGUUAAUUCAGUCGCCGUAUUUAGAUUCCUUUAUUUUGGACCUUCUGUAUACUUAUUUUUGCAAAAUGACCAAGCUGGGUAGUUUUUCGGCUUCAGUGUUGGUGUUGCUUGUCUGGCGGAUGGGAGAGGUCGCAGAAGCUUGCAGCUGUUCGCCUGCACAUCCCCAACAAGCCUAUUGCAACGCGGAUGUUGUUCUCAGAGCCAAAGUGAUUGGUCAGAAACAGGUAGUCACAGGCAACGACAACUAUGGCAAUCCAAUCAAGAGGAUCCAGUAUGAUAUUAAACAGAUCAAGAUGUACAAGGGACCUAAAGAGGAGAUUGAUGUUAUCUUCACUGGUGACUCCUCUGCUGUGUGCGGGGUGAACCUUGAGAGCAGUGGUCAAAAGGAAUACCUCAUCACAGGUAAGCUGGAGUCUGAUGGCACCACACACGUGACACUGUGCGACUUCAUUGAGCCAUGGCAAUCACUGUCCAUCACUCAGAAGAAGGGACUGGAGUCACGCUAUGACAUGGGCUGCCAGUGCCGGAUUGUCCGUUGCCCCUCCGUCCCCUGUGAGGUUAACCAUCCCAUGGAGUGUCUGUGGACUGACUGGAUCGUGGAGAGCACAGUGUAUGGCCCACAGGCCCAGAACUAUGCCUGCAUCCAGCGGAGUGACAGCUCCUGUGCCUGGUACCGCGGGGCUGUCCCACCUAAGAAAGACUUCAUGGACAUCGAAGACCCCUAAAUCUGCAUGUGUCUGACUUCACUGCCCCCCUGCAAAAGGCCUCCUAACACUGUUCCAGACCCCCAAAGCUUUUGCUCCAUUACUCACCUGCAUUCUGCACGCCAUAGUGUGCUUCUGGUGAUGUCUGACCAAGAAAGAAUACAGCAGAGGUGAAGUCUGACUUUCUUAAGCACUUUGAAUCCCAAUAGCACCUAGCUGUGACCCUUGCUCUUUAUGAAACACAAAGAAAGAAGUUUACAGCCUUCUUACCACUGUUAAUUUUCCUAGUUUGAGGCUUAGCUAAAUAAAACAUGACUUCACCUCCACAUGGGAGCAUUGGCCACUUAUGUUGAAAAUAAGGAAUGAUGUAAUGAAUGAAUGAGUCCAGUUUUGCUGGAAUUGAGGAAUUAUUAGCAAUUAAAAAAAAAAAAAAAAACUAUCCCAGGUCUUGUUGAUAGACUAAUAGCGUAUUGAAAUAAUUUAUGUAUAUUGUAAUAUAUACAGACAUUUUUAAUUUAUAUCUAAGUAUACCAUACUAGUGUCACAAAAAAGGAGAGAAAGUGCAUUUAUUUUUAUUUGGAUUUACUUUUUUCCUAAUGCUUUGGCGCAAAGAUUUGAAGCAAAUUUAUGACUAUGGUGUUUUGCACUAUAGAUCCCUGUAUUCCUGACCUUUGGAAUCAUGAAAUUGGUUAUUCACCUACUACAUGUAGAAAAGAUCAUGAAGUCUUACAUUUAAAAUAGUCAUUUUGUAUGAUAACCUGUUUUGUGUGGUUGUGUGUCUGAGGUUCUUUUUUUUUUCAUGAAAUACCUUUUUAUAUGUGUCAUGAGCAGGAAAGAAGCAGUAUGAGAUUUUCAGUGCUGGAACCACUGUGCAUGUCUUCCAUACUCCUGAAUUAUUCAUACUGUUGUAACGGUUCAGUAUUCAUAAAUAAAGGAGGAGAAACGCAGUCCA